AAAAAAAAGAAAAGUGAGAAGAAACGGGAGGCCCCGAGCGAGCAAGCAAGCGGGCGCGCACGGCGGCUCGUCGGCGGCUGAAAGAACGGCGGCGGCGGGGCGCGCGCGCGGACACUCCUUGCACAGCUCGAGCGGCACUUCUCUCUCUCUCUCUCUCCGCGCUCGCUGGCAGCGCUCAGUUCUCCGGGGAGGCAACGUGCGUGCGCGCCUUCCUCCUCUUCCUCCUCUCCGGGCGCGUAUCACUUUUACCGCCGCCCGUUCCCGGCUCUCCCCGCGCCUCGGCGGCGCACACACAAACCACCAGCUCUGCUGCUUCGGUCAUUCGACAGGGGAGACCCCGGCGUGUACGGACGUGGCGACGAGCGCUCCUUCUCUCUCCUGUGUGCCGCGGGCCGUUCGCUCGCUCGGCACUGCGUUCCUUCGGCCGUACCGCGCGCGAACUUGUGUCGUGCGCGCCCUGUCUCCUGACUACAGGCUGUGCUUCAGAUCUUUUUUUUUUUUUAUUACCUGCCCUUGUCGUCAGUGUGUGAUUACGUUUGGUUCCUUUUUUUUCUGUAUGAUUUUUUUUCUUUGACCAACGCCCGACACCUGGAUUAAUGAGAGCAACGAGACCCGAAGAAGCGGACCUCCGUCCUCGGCUGCUUUCGAGUCUUCUAUGAGAGUCGUCUAGGACAGCUGAAAUCCUGACGGCGACCGCGAUGUACUACGCGAGCUUCUUCCCUCCGGCGGUGCGGCCGUUCGACGGUCGGGGACCGCUGGACGGCGUGACCGCCGCCGCGGCGGCGGCCGCGCUCGCCAGCUCUGCGGGCGUCCGCGGGGAGCGAGGCGAAAUUCCGCUGGACCUGUCGCUCAAGCACGUGCGGCCCGACGGGCCCGAGGCCGCAGCCGCCGAGGAGCUUCUGCUCCUCGAGCACCGCAAGCUGGCCGCUGCCUACGGCCGGCACCUGCUCGAUCCGGCAGCAUUCCUGCGAUUACAGCACUACCAGCAACGCAUCGCCGCCGACACCUUCCUGCAACAGGCAUUCGGAAGCGCCGCGGCGGCGCAGCACCAUGCCAUGGCCGCCGCCCGGCUGGGCUGCCUGGACCAGCAAGUGGCCUUCCACUCGGCGGCCACCGCCCGGGCAGCCGCGCCUUCGACCGCCGCCUUCCUUGAGCCGGCUGCCGCUCUCGCACUCAGCAUGCGCAACGCGGGCGCACCUGCCCUGGCGCCUGGAGACCUAGCCCGAUCGUUGUACCCCCCCACGGCAGCUACCGCGCUGCCCGCCGGCUACUCCUCCAUGUUUGCCGACAUGAUGCCCAAGCCAGACCCGUGCCGCCUGGCCGACGACGCCAAGGCCGGCUCCUACCCUCGCGCCAACGGCGUGUCUGCCUCCGCAGCGGACAAGGCCUCCUCGUCGUCCUCCUACAUCGCGGACCCCGUGCGUUACGCGGCCGAGCACAUGCAAAGGCUGCAGGAGAGCCAGACGUCGGCCAAGUUCGCCUCCACUUCGGGGUCAGCGCAGACCACGAGCACUUCCUCCACCUCGUCUUCGACCUCCUCUCGGGAGCACAAGAAGUCAUCCUCUUCCAACCGCCACACGACAGACACGUCCACGUCGGCCACCUCAUCUUCGUCGACCGCUGCCUCCACCGCCGCAGCAGCUGCUGCGGCCACGGCCGCCGCCGCGGCCAUCAACCUCCUGGGACCGAGGCCCUCGCUGGGCGGUGGUCUGAGCUCGGCGUUUGGCGAGACGGUGAAGCGAGAGGACUACCUCAACGCCGCCGCCGCCGCGCACCUUCCUUUCUACUCCGGAUGGGGCCUGCCUCCGAUCAUCCCGCCGCCGACGACGACGCCGCUACUGACGACGCCGAGCCCGCAGAAGAAGAAGGACUCUUCGUCGCGCUCCUCGGACCGAUCGUCGUCCGAUUCGCGUAACAAUAGCCGGAGCAGCGGCAGCCACCACAGCAAGUCUUCGUCGAACAAGCGAUCCUCUUCUUCGGCCUUUGCCUCCAACAACGUCGACCACCACCCGCACCACCACCACAUAAACGACGUGGUGGUCAUUGACGAAGAGCAGCGGUCGCGGCUCACGUCCUCUCUCAGGCUCGGCUCGUCCAGCGGCGGCCGGCCACCGCCGCCUCCCGAGCCCGAGCGCGCCAAGAUGCCCCGGCUGGAAGCGAUGCAGCCGCCGGACGAGGCAAAGACCUCGCACACCGGAACCAACGACGCCGGCAAGCGACCGGCCGCCAAGAGCCCGCUGAGUCCGCCGCCGCUCAUCGCGGCGGUGCCGCCGGCGACGAGUCCCAAGACGGCCGAGCCGUCUGCCGCGCCGGGGGCCCUGCUCCUGGGCAAACCGACGCUGCCCGCGGCCUCGACGACGAGCCUGCACGGCAAGCAUCACCACCACCACAGCAAGAUGACCACGCCGCACGACGAGAAACCGACGCUGAACUUCUUCUUCGGGGACCACAAGCCGGCGACAACGGCGGCGCCCUCGAGCGUCGCUUCGGUGCCGCGCACUACGGCCGCGGAAGUGAUCGCGCAUGCGCACCAGGCGCACCUGCAGUACCUGCAGCAGCUGCACAGCAGCAAUGGCAGUCACGUGCUGCCUCCGUCGUCGGCGCUGCCGGCCAUGGAGGCCGCCACCUCGGCUUUCGGCGUCACGUCGCCCGUGAAGGAGGAAACCUCUCGCUCGGCGCAUCACCACCACCACCACCUCCCGGCGACAACUUCGACACCGUGCAAGGACGCCACGGCGCGCACCAAGUCCUCGCCGCCGCUGCAGCAGGACCGGGUCAAGGAGCCCAGAACUGUCGAGGCAACAACAGUGAGGAUCCAGAAGGAAAACGGCGCUUUGUCUCUUUUUUUUUUUCUUGUGUGUGUGAUUGCGCGGCAGUUGAUGCGAAAGGACAGCGGAGAGGGAGUGGCGCAAGCGAGCGCUUUCGUGUGGGCGCCCAUACAUGACGCCGUGGAGAAAGGCCACGUUGAGAUGGUGCGGCUGCUGUUGUCUUACGGUGCCGACGCUACGCUCACUACGGGCUCCGGUCUGUCUCCCCUCGAACUGGCCAGAUCGCCCAUCAUGGUCGAACUGCUCAGAGGUUUCCUUUCCGACAUGGCCGGCGAGAGUAUCGACGGAAGUCCCGUGUUAGCGUGGCACUUUGCCGGCACGGCCUCUUUCAUGGACCCGAAGGACACCGGCUUCGACAUCCUGGCCGGUGCGCCCGCCGAGGACUCGGGCGACGACAUGCUCUUCCAAGUGAGCGAGUCGGCGCAGAUCGCCACCUACAGGCUCAGCCCACACCUGGCGGGCACGUCGGAACAAAGCUGCAGCGAGUGCGUCCGACUGGACGACGUCCUUCAGCGCCUGCGCAUCUCGGCCGAAGAGUUCCGGCAACGGUUCCCGGCCGUCGAGAUUCUCGCGCUGGCCCCGCACGAACUUCGCGCCAAGACCACCACACCGUGGCUGGACGCCGAGACGGCCGCGGAGUCGAGCGGAACACCGGAGGCGUCGUCCCCGCCUUCGCCGCCGGCGUCCCCCGUGCAAGCCCUCCGCUUUGACGCCACCGUGCGCAGCAUCCUCGGCCUCCACAACCCAAUCCCGCGAUGAACGACGGUGUUACAUGACGUCAUCGCCUUCCCUUUCGCCACGUAGUCACUACCACCAACCUGAGGUGUCGUCGUCGCCGCCCUGUAGGACCACCCUCCCGUCCACAGCUCGCCCGAGCGCACAGCAGUUACGCCGGAACAGCGAGACCCGUACGUCGCGACCACUGAAGCCACGGACGUCCCGCCGCCUCAGGCACACACAUCCCCCCCCACCGACCAUCACUGGCGCAGGCGCCAGGGUAGAGACACGCCAACAUGCUUGCCAACAAAGUGCGCGCGGCUCGCGAAGCACGCUGUGCAGACUCUGAACGAAACCGUGACGCGUUAGCGCCGCGCGCACGCGCGUGUUUGUGUGUCAUUUUAAGGGGGCUGUGCUGCGUGUCGCCUUCGCCGCAACGGACGCUUCGAAUCGGCACGAUGAUGACGACGACCGCGAGCAAGACAGCGGACAGUCUUGGUUGGAGUUUGCGUGUGGGACAAAGUUUGCCCGACGGGCGCGCGGAACAUUUACCUCCUGCCACCACUGACUGUUGUCGCCGCUGCGGCGUGUUCCGUGUCGUGGGACGUUGUGCAAGUUCAGCGGACGAUUUUCUCGCCGCCGUGUCGUAUUUUAUCCGGCAUUGGGAGAGGGGUGCGGCGGAAGGCCACGCGGUGUGUGCGUGCGCUCGAGCGGUCCCUCCCCCCCCCUCCCCUCAUUGCCUCCGGCGUUCGCCGCGGGUUUGUGCCGUAUUCCAUUUGCAGUCAUUUUUUCCCGACACCUGUGAAAACUGGGCUACCCGCCUUUAAUGAGUGUGUUGCUUGUCUCCGCGUUGUGUGCCCAUGAUGGUGUGUGCUAUGUGUAUACAUUUAGCUCCACGAUGUGUCUGUGUUGAUGAUGAUGAUGAUUAUUAUGCGUCCGAGGAUGCUCCUGUAAAAAAAAUGAACAGAGGAAGGGAAGUAAACCGAGAAGGGCAUUUUAGGGACUGUUAAGCGCUUGGCUUUCCCCUGGCCGUUAUUUAUAUGUUGUCGCGCAUGCUCCCCACUACAAAUAGCGCCCUAAUCCCCGAGGAGCGCCCAUGGCGCGUGUCUAUCUCUCCGCUGUGAGCAUCUAUGUCUCUAUCGCAUACGAUUGCAUAAGCGCCUGUUGAUGUCCCCGCACGGAUAUUCCGCCAUCGCUAUCUGUACAAGGUGUGUCGUUGUUGCUUAUAACUGUCUAGCGAGAUGUCCAAACCGCCGCUUUUACACACCUACAAGUGCCACUCAAGUUUGCUCUUGUGGGCAGGGGGAGGGGAAAAAGUUUUUGCCGGCUUGCCUGUAACGAAAACACAAGAACGCCGCGUGUAUUCCCCUGCGUCCGCACCCCGAUACGUCGUUGAAAGAAAGCCUUGGAGUCCAACCGCGUACUCUGUUUCCGUCACGACGCCGUCUAGUUAAGCCUGACCCUCAUGGAUUCGCAGCCCAGUCACCGAUAAUUACAUGUGCCUGGCAUAUGUGCUUUUCCCCGAUGUUCUUUUUUUUCUUCUUCUUUAAAUCAUCCGUGUCGUCCUGGCUAAGAGCUUUCAAAGCACGCGACGCUGUUCUUCUUUCCUUCUUUUGUAUCAUACAUUAUUCCGGGGUUAUGCACAAAAGGUUAUGUGCAAACUUACGGCGAGCCGUGAAGUGAGCAAGCACGUGUUGACGGUGACCGUAAUGGCCAUCGCGGUUUUAAGCCGCAGCAAGGUGGCUGGAUCCCCGCGUCGCUGGGAAAGCACCCAGACGUCGCGAAAGUUGCAGCGACAGCUUCUCUUCUAAGUCCCCUGUUGUAGCGCAGUUUUGACUGUGUGUGUGUGUGAAUGUAUGUGUGUCGGCCCAUCUGAGGGCAAAAGAAAGUACCACGCUAAAGCGAGUUCAGAGCGAUCAUAUAUUGAGGAACCUUUUUGUCUUUCUUCGUCGCCGCGUGGGGGCGAGGCGUUCUUCAUCGCGACACAGCAUCGUCGCGUUGUCCGUAUCUCAACUCCACUCUAGGAACUUUUUUUCUCCGAUUUGUUUUCUCCUUCAGCAAACGCGGUAGCCGACGUGCCAUAUGCGUCGCCUAAGUCACGUAGUGUCGAUGUUGCUUCAAUCCUGCCAAAAAGUUCGCGAGAAAUGCGGAAUAAUUUACGCUAUCGUUUCUCUCCCUUUGCGCUUGCUUCCUUUGCGUAACAGCAUUUUUUUUUCUUUUUAGCUUAGCCGAAAUCGUGCACACGAUCUAUCCUUCGUUAUCUGAAUCCUGCGCCACUUUUGCGUUUCUUCUCUGUUCUUAAAGCUCCGCUGCGCGGACGUUGUAUGAAAUGUACCUUUUUGUGUUAGGACCAACGUGCUGACAGGCGUCGUAGUCAAAUCGCUCGGAAAUUGCGAUAAAUCGGAUACGCCCCGAUGCAUUUCGUUUAAUGCAAACACAAUCAAACUUCAUACAUACAUGGGGAAUCGGCAGUCGCGUUCGUUCGUUUUGCCACAUCCUUUCGGUACUCCGUUUUGUGGUAUUAAGAUAGGGAGAGGGCGAAAGCGUGCUCAUAAAACUUUUUUUAAAAUAUUGUGCGUGCCCGAAAGGAAGAAACGUUCAACAGCAAGGCAGCCCGUGUUUGUUACCUUUAUUAUCUUUAAUGUCUUGUCUUCGCACAUCCUCGCCAUAGCUCGUGUUGCUUGCGUGUGCCCUUGAAAACUCCGUGCCUGCUUAGCUUUAAAACCCAUAACGCCGAAAAAAAAAAAAAAAAAAAGAGAUAACGUUAGACAUUUUCUUGCGCAUCUGUCGACACUGCAGCGCGCGAAUUCAACGCCGUUAGCCCGCAGCUGCAUUUCGUGGCGGCGUUUUCUUGUUUCUUUUUUUUUUCCUCUUCUAUUUUUGCACCUGACGUGUAGCCUACGAAAAGAAAAAAAAAUGCUGCGUUGUCCGUGACUGUGGUUGCAUCGCUGUCUUCCGUUGUUUAAACUCAACACGGCUUUUGCCGGCGACCUUCGUGCGCCAUUCCUUGCUUUGUUUGUCUCGGCGAUGUUUUAUAUAAUACGACCCCUUCCAUAGGAGAGGCCCGCUAAGAAACAGAGAACACGUGUGCUGCUGUCACCUCUUUUCUGAUAUUGUCUUUAACGUAAGAACAAGGUUAUGAGGCGAGGAAUAGUGAUUAUGCUUUAAAAAAAAAGUACUGGUUGCUGCCGCUACCUGCCCGCAGUGCUCGUUGUUUCGGACCCUUGUCCACGUGCCUAUAGAAGACAGUUUCUCGUAAACGCUCGAUCCAGUAUCUUUUUUUUUUUCUUGAUAGCCGUAUUUCUCGCGUGUGUUUGGGUGUCGUCCCCGUGUAACACCGGUGUCACCACGAACAGCGGUACCGCGUGUAAAACGAAUACACCUUUGCCUGACAUUGUUGAACCUCUCUGUUCGUCUUUCUGUCGUACACUGAAGAUUGCAGAAUGUGUUUGUGAGAGAUAGAGAGAGCGGGAGAGAGAAAAAAAAGGACGUUCUUUCGUGCCUAAGAACCGCCGUGCAGUCGCAUCCUCAACCUUUCCGAAGUUUGUUGAUGCUCCGUCGCCAAACCAGUAAACAAGCAAAGAAAAGCCUUUUCUGUGUCUAAAAACACGAUGGGAACACGCGACAGAAAAAUAACGUUAUAGAAAGGAAACGUUAAUUGUUUGGCAAAAUGUCGCACUUUUGAGCGGGUGAGUGCGCAGUCAUCCUUCUCUGGAAUUCUCUGCGCGCUGAGCAAAAUAUCUUUAAGGUACGUUUCAUGUAGAUGGCGGUGACGUACGCCUGACGUCAUCUUGAGCUCAAAGAAUAGGCGAGGAUCUUGUCAGCGUGGGGUUCAUCAGAGUAAUGGAAUCGAUGAGGGAAUACAGAUCUAUUAUAGAAACAUGCCGACCGUCCUCACUGCCCAUGACUGCAUGUCCUAUAUGGACGAACGCUGGUAACGUACUACACUCUUAUUCACCGGUUCGCGGCUUUUAUUUGAUGAAUUUUGUUUGCUCCCCACGUUUGAUCUGUUCAUCCGCUGUGACAGAACAAACCUCUUUUGGCCUUGUCCUCUGCCCAAUACUGGCGCAGCAUAGAAGGAAUUACCGCGUUCCAGUUCUUGUCGAUCUAUAAAUUUUUUACGCUGUUGAAGUGCUCGUCAUCGUCAGCGAAAGUCCACUGUACGAUCUGCCGCGAACAAGCAGCCUUAAGCGUUAUUCAAUGUUUUUAUUAGGCUGUUAUGCGUGAGUUCGCACUGUGAUAUUAGCGAUUGGCAACACAGUGCGAGUAGCGAGCAUGUAAAGUCUCACUCAUGGCACGAUCUCAAUUGCUUCGCCCGAUUUCGCGAUGUUGCGAGCAGGUCUUAAAAGUGUUACUCGUGACUGAAUCUGUCUUAACCGCCUGCUUGUUUAAGCUAAACGAGGCCACUCGUAAAAGUGUGCGUUUGAAUCCCCAUUUGCCGUUACUGAAUUCUGCAAAAUGACGUAACCGACAGUGGACAUUCGCAUACGAUGAUGCGUCGCACUAUGUGUGUGUCUGUAAGUGUACACAUGUACAACGUGGGUCUCCUCUUCGUCUGUACGGAUUUGUUCGUGUCGGCGUGCGUCUUCAGCUUCUUCUGCGAACACACCUUCUUUUCUCUGUAUUCUAUCGACGGGCAAUCGAUGCUGCGAAAACUGCGUCUCCUGCAGACAUGUGCUGCUUCUUUCUUUUGUUUGUUAUUUGCCCCGUUUCUGGAAUCGCUUGCUUUGCUCGCUGUAUUUUUGGAUGUAUCAUAUAUGAAUGUAUUUUGUAAAUAAUGCCGUGUAAAUAGGAAACAUCAGAAUGAUUAUAAUAUACUGUAUUCGCCUGGAAAAACGAUAAAAUGAAAAAAGGUGUCCAAAUGAA